CAAGUUAAACCCCUCACAGAACCCUUCCUUAGCCAUCGCCUGCCCUUCUCUUCUGGUCCCGGCCGAAAAUGGCUGCCUGGAAGCUCUCCUGUCUCAAUCACCACAUCAGAUCCCUAACUAGACACCAUUUCCGCCUCCAAGCGCCGCCGCUCACCUUCCGAUUUCUGCGAUCCUUCUCAUUCGCCACUCCGGAAGAGGCCGCCGCGGAGCGCCGCAAACGCAAGCGCCGCCUUCGCAUCGAACCCCCCAUUUCCGCCCUUCGCCAGCAGCAGCAGCAGCAGCAACUGCCUCGUCCGGCCAGCUCUCAAAACCCUAACCCCAAUGCUCCCAAGAUCCCCGAAACCGUCUCGGCACUGACGGGGAAUAGGCUCAAUCUCCACAACCGCAUCCUCACGCUGAUCCGCGAGAAUGAUUUAGAGGAGGCGGCGCUUCUCACUCGCCACUCCAUCUAUUCCAACUGCCGCCCCACAAUCUUCACCUGCAAUUCCGUCAUGGCCGCACAGCUCCGCCAAUCAAGGUACGCUGACCUUCUAUCCCUCCACCGCUUCAUCACACAGGCAGGCGUUGGAGCCAAUAUAGUCACCCACAACCUUCUUCUAUCUGCCUACAUGGAUUGCCGAAAGACUGACAUUGCUAUGGAGCACUAUAAGCAGCUAAUCAACGAUGCCCCCUUCAACCCCUCCCCCACCACCUACCGGAUCUUAAUUAAGGGUCUAGUUGAUAACGGUAAGCUUGAAAAGGCAAUCGAAUUGAAAGACGAGAUGUUAUCCAAGGGAUUCAAAGCAGACCCCAUGGUGUAUAAUUAUUUGAUGUCUACUCAGGCUAAGAACUCAGACGCUGAUGGAAUUUUUAAACUUUAUGAGGAAUUGAAGGAAAAAUUGGGAGGUCCUGUAUCGGAUGGAGUGGUUUAUGGGAGCUUGAUGAAGGGUUACUUCUUGAGGGGAAUGGAGGAUGAGGCUAUGAACUGUUAUGCAGAAGCUGUGGGUGCGAAUUCAAGUAUUAAGAUGACCCCUGUGGCUUUCAAUCACGUUUUAGACGCACUGAGCAAGAACGGUAAGUUCGAUGAGGCUCUAGUCCUAUUUGAUAGGAUGAUGACUGAGCAUAAUCCUCCCAAAACAUUGACUGUCAAUCUGGGGAGCUUCAAUGUGAUAGUGGAUGGGUAUUGUGCCCAAGGGAAAUUCAUUGAUGCUAUUCAUGUUUUUAAAUCAAUGGGCACGAAGAGGUGUAACCCGGAUACAUUGUCAUACAAUAAUCUGAUUGAACAUUUAUGCAAUAAUGAUUUGUUGGGUGAAGCAGAGGAGCUUUAUAAAGACAUGGAAGAUAAGAAGGUGAGCCCCGAUGAGGUUACAUUUGUUUUGCUAAUGGACACUUGCUUCAAGGCCAACAGACCCGAUGAUGGAGCUCAGUAUUUCAAAACAAUGGUGGAAUCAAAACUGAGGCCUAACAUGGGGGUUUACAACAGAUUGGUUGAAGGACUGGUUAAAAUUGGGAAAGUGGAUGAAGCAAAGUCUUUCUUUGAUAUGAUGAUGGGGAAGCUUAGGAUGAAGGACGAUGAGUACAAGUUCAUAAUGAAGUCACUUUUUGAUGUCGGGAAGCACGAUGAGGUGCUUUCCAUUGUUGACAGGGUCGUAAGGGAGGACCCGUCUGAUUUAACUGGUGAAUUGAAAGAGUUUAUUGGAGAAGGGUUGAGCAAAGUAGGGAGAGAAGCAGAGUUGACGAAGCUUAUAGAAGACAUAGAAAGGGAGAAGGCUGAAGCUGUGGCUAAGGCUGCCGAAGAAGCCGAAAGAGCAAAGGCCAGUACACGAGAAGCUGUCAAUGCCCUGUUGAACACCCCCAGAUUGUUUGGAAAGAAGGAACCUGAAGAUGAUCAGAAGACAACUUCCACAGAAAAUACUGCAGAGGCAGAGGUUGUAGAAGAGGAGGCUGUUGAUGCAGUGUCAAAUGCUGGGGGUGACUCUUGAAGGUAGGAAAACCGUGAUAAAAAUGCAUAAGGUUUUAAUUUGUUUCCAGUUACAAUGGCAUUGGCUUGAGAGUAUAGGCAUGUAUCUAAUACAUUAAGAUCAGAAAUAAAAACAACUUACUGAUCAUGUGUGACACCUUAUGUGUUGGCUUUUGUUAGAAUCUUUAGAUGGUCAGAGUAUUUUCAUCAAAUCUUAUAUCAUCCUUGGAUCUUGCACUACAUUUUGCUCAACUCCUUUGUUUGUGGCAAUUUAUUCUGAUGCAAAAAAUUGAUUUUGAGAUU